AGUACAGUGUGAAACGACUUGCCGAAAAUUCGAUAUAACUAGAUCAAGAUAGUAAGAUUGUGCUAAUUUUCUCAGUGAUAUAACUUUUCGAAUAUAUGUAAAUCCCAUUUUUUUUCAGCCCAUGCUUAUAAGCCCAUACACGCGGAUAAUUGCGCAAAUAGGUUUGUUCAAAUAUCAUGGCCAAGGUCUCCAGAAAUAAAUGUAACAUCCUCCAGAAACAGAGCUCAGUGCCAAGUUUUACUUAUCGAGCGUCAGUCAACACACUAAAAUCGCGCCAGAUGGUCAAGAGUGAAAGUAAUUGUCGAUGCGAAAAGUGUCUAAUGAAAAAAGACGAUAUGGAAGACGAAACGUACCACGUGUACACACGCAUGGAAGACAUCACCGAACAGGAUGAUAAAAAUUUAGCCGGAGCCAGAAAAGAGAUUAGGAACGAUUUGACUGUUAUCAUACCAGAAAAUCCGUUUCCGGAAAUAGAAGUCGAUGCGUACCCGCCUUUAAAAUUUUCGUGGGUUAUUCCAAAAAAAUUAGCGGCUAUGGCUUUUCCUAGGCAUGUAGAAAAUUUGAAAUUUUUGGUCAACCAAGGUAUAACGCAUCUUGUAACAUUGACAGCAGGUAAGAAACCCCCCGUGGACGAUAUCGCCAGAUUGAGGUGGACUGAAAUACCAAUAGAAGAAUUCGAACCGCCAACAGUGGAACAAAUUACGACGUUUAUUGAUGUUUGUAAACGGUCCGAUAAGAAUGGCGAGGUAGUAGGUAUUCACUGUCGCCAAGGCCGAGGUAGGUCUGCGGUGAUGCUGGCGUGUUAUCUUGUACAUUUUCACCGGUUCUUACCGGAUCAAGCGAUGAACGUUAUAAGAAUGAUACGGCCAGGAUCAUUAGACUUCGAAGAGCAAGAAGAAGCGGUUGGAAAAUAUUUCGAAAACCUAACAGAGAAUAACCCACUUAGGUUUGGCGUCAGCGGUGACGUAAUGGAAGAGUUUAUAGAAAUUGCGAAAGACGCAACUAAAAAUGCGCUUUUAUAAUAAAUAUAGCAUUGUAUAAAAUUGUCUUGAUUAUAAUUAUAAGAAUAUAAUAAAAUGCUAUAUAAGAUAUAAUCAACAAAUACUCUCGGCUAGUUUGAGAUUAACGUUACAGAAAAAGCUGAUAUAUUUGAAAUAAUUUAUCAUUCGUUAUUCCUUGGUAUACAAAUGACAUUAAAAAAAAAACUAAUGUCAACACUGGCACAAAUAACCUAGAUUUGUAAUAGAAAAAAAAUAUUUUGCUCAUUACUUUUUUAAUCAAGGCUGUCUAUAUUAGUCCGUUACCAUCGACCUAAUUUAAGAAAUACUGACUGUCUCUCAAGACAUAAUGAUCAUUUUCUAGGAUUUAAAAAAUAUUUAAUGGCUCUAUAAAUCAUUUCUUUCAUUCAGAGAUUUUAUUAAUAAUAAUUAUUUUUAUAUAUUGUUCAAUUUACACGUAGCUGUUUUUUUUUUUAAAAUAUGUUCUCAUUCUGUCAAACAUAAAUGAAUAGUCUGCUAGUAUUAUCGCAAACCUGACUUGACUCUUCAAUCUAUUAUUUUAACAUUUCUUUAUAAUCACUUUUAUUUACAAAAUUUGUUUUGAUAUUUAAUUUUUCUUUUUAAAAACGACUUCUAUGUGAUUCUAUUGAUCGGUUCUUAUUAUAAUAAUAAUUCAAAGUGACAUAAUAUUUUUUUCUUUAGUAAUUAAUAUUUUAUGAUUAUUAUUAUGUCAUUAUGAGAAAGAUUAUCAUCGGGCUUACUUAUUAAAGUUUUUUAGUUUUAAGUUUAGCGGUUUAGUUAAACAAUUAUUUAUCUCUUUCAGUCAUUAUCAAUUUGACAUUCGAAGGAAGAAGACAACAUUGUUCAACUAAUUAUGCGCUAAAUAACGCUUACAAGGCCGUUAGUAAAGUUUUAAAAUAAUUAUUUAUAACAUGUAUGUUUUUGUACCUGAAAAAAUGGAUUUAAUAAAUAAAGCACUAUUUGUUAAUAAUUA